UAUGUCUAUUUUCAUAUUGUCAAAUCAGACGAUAAUAUACAAUUUUAAUAUUUUUUAUUUAUAAGUGUUAUCAUAUUUUUGAAUAAUUUGUACACUUUCCUCUUACAAUUUUAGUAAGUUUAAAUAUGAUUUCUUAAAAAUCGGAUUUUUAUUAUCAAAUUUGUAAAUUUUGUUAAGUACCUAUAGUACCUUUUUAUUACAUUAUGGAAUUACCAACAAAAGUAUUUGGACGUGUGGGCCGUUUUUGGAGAUCUAAUAUAUUACGAUUUGGAGUAUAUGAUAAAGUUGUACCACUGGAUACUACACCUUCUAGAAUUGUGCCUGACCAUAUUGUUAGACCAUAUUAUGUGACAGGACAAACAAUCACAGUACCUCAUAUACCAGAAGUUAAAGAUGCUAACCAAGUAUCAGGAAUGAGAAAAAGCUGCAAAUUAGCUUCUGAUAUCUUAGCUCAAGUAAAACAGUUUAUUCAGCCAGGUGUAACAACAGACGAAAUAGAUAAUGUGGUUCACAAUUUAUGUAUUGAAGCAGGGGCAUAUCCAUCACCACUGCAUUAUCAUGGGUUUCCAAAGAGUGUAUGCACAUCUGUGAAUAAUGUUGCUGUCCACGGUAUACCCGACCUGAGAGAACUGCAAGAUGGAGAUAUUAUCAAUGUUGAUAUAACUGUAUAUUUUAAAGGUUACCAUGGUGAUUGUUCAAAAACAUACUGUGUUGGUAAUGUGGACGAUCGAGGCUUGCAACUUAUAGCUAUUACUGAGGAAUGUCUUGAUAUUGCUAUAAAAUCAUGCGGUCCUAAUGUCCCAUUUACUGAAAUUGGUGCAAAUAUAUAUCAGCAUGCUAAGAGAAAUGGAUUCACAGUACUACCAGCUUUCUUAGGCCAUGGUAUUGGAAAGUACUUUCAUGGCCCUCCUGAUAUCUAUCACACAGAGAAUGAUUACCCUGGAGUGAUGAAACCUGGAAUGACUUUUACAAUAGAGCCGGUACUUUCUCAUGGAUCUGAACAUACAGUUAUACUUGAAGACGGAUGGACUGUUGUUACUGAGGAUGGUUCUAGAGCCGCUCAAGUGGAACAUACCAUUCUAGUAACAGAAAAUGGUGUAGAAAUUCUUACGCGGUGUUCUGGCAUGAAAUAUCGUCUCACCCUAUUGAGCACUCCUAACUUUUUGGAAGCUAUCUUAGCCUUCUCCUCCAGAUGACCGCAAAACUGGACGUCGCAAGAUAUAUCAACGCCCAGAAUUCCUAGACUCGACUUUUUAUCAAGGGAAGUGCCCUAAAAGUGAGGAUUUCACUUAAAUUUCCUGUCUUAAUUUCUUGUGUAUUUUAUAUCAUUUCAAUACUAAUUAAUUUUAAUUUUUAAUUUGUUUGAAGCCCCUGUUAACUUUUAUAUCAAACUACGGACAGUAAGAAAUUACUCCUCCGUUUAUAUUGAUAAGGAUAUCGCAUUGUAAAACUUGUUGAAGAGAAAAAUAAAACGACAAAAUAG